AUGGAGUACAGCUGCCUCGUCGCCGGUGAUGCAUCGGUGGGUAUUGGCGCUUUGGUGCACAUGCUGCUGGAGUCUCCCCUGCCCGCGGCACUUCGAGAGAAACAGCAGCAGCAACAGCCGCCCUUGGUAUCGGCGCAGGAUUUGCCGGCGGCGGAGCGGACGCUGACGCUGCCGAAUCCCUCAUUACCGCAGAUGGAUAUACGUGUUCGCUUUGAAGUUGCCGAAACACCGCCGAGCGAGGCGGAUUUUGGUAGUGGAGCCCCGGAAGCGGCGCUCUUUGUGUUCUCCGUGUUUGCCAGCGACUCGCUACGGCGUUUGCAGAAGGAGUGGGCCCCGUUGCUUAAAGGAUUGCGCCCGGCACCCUCCGUGAUUCUCGUGGGAAUGACCAACAACAGCUUGACCGCAACCGCCACCAUUCCGCCGAAUGAGAUUGCGAUUGCCGCAAGGGAGGUGCAUGCCAAGGGGUACUUUGAGGUGGAAGAUGGCACCAGUAGUGGCAGCGCGGUGGCUGCGGAACUUCGUAUUGGCGUUGCUCGCGCGUGCACAGGCGAACUGCUCACUGCGGAUGACGUCCAGGAGUCGACUAUUCACGACUUUCGCCAGCGUACUGCCAUGCCGCUGUCGUUGCGGUCCAAUUUGUCGCUCACGAGUGGGUGCCCGUCUCCACUGGACAGCUGGGGAUACAUGUCGCGACGAGAGGGUGCUGCUGUUGCUGCUGCUGCUGCUGCUACUACAUCCCCUGUCUGGGGAUACAGGCGACACCCGCGGUCAAAUCGUGUGUUUUACGUGAAUCGCGUCACGAGGAAGUCGCAGUACCGGCGCCCACCGGACUACGACGGGGAAGAGCCGGAGUUGACGCUGGAGGAGCGUGUCGAAGCGGAGCGGGAACGUCAAAUGCGUCUGCAGCGGGAGAGUGAACUGCAGCGUGAACACGAGGAGCUCAUGCGCUUUAACGAGGAGAUGGAGGAGCAGCAGCAGCGGCUGCGGGUGAAGCAGUCGUGCGCCCGACGACUGGAUCAUGAGGUGGAGCGGCUCCGUCUGCACGCGUCAAGUCUUCGGCGGCAGUGCGAGAGCAACAAAAUCAACCGCUCCCAGCUCGCACAGCUGCGGGAUGAGGUGCGGGCGAAGGAGGAGGCCUUUCUGCAGGAGUCCAUGCAGUUUCGCGUAACACUGCAACAGCAGCUGACGUCGGCGCAGGAAGCACUGAAAGAAGAGGAAAUAAAAGGACCUUUUGGUGCCAUUCAAACGGGCAGCGACAGUGUGUUCGUUGUGGCAGAUGAGCUGGAAAGAGAUAGACUACACGCUGAGAUGCAAGCGACAGUGGACGGUACUCGUGCUGCUGUGGCGAAGCUGCGUGAGGUUCUGCUCCAGGGCAUUACACUGCGGGAACGAAAUGCUACGCUGCAUACAGAGUUGACUGCCACUCUCAAGAGUACGGAGAAGCUCCUGCUGCAGAUGAAUGCGAUCGAUGCGGAGGAGCAGCGUAUUCGCGCUGCCUUGCCCUCAGCGAAAAGGGAGCUUGAGGACGCACAAUGUGCAUUGAGGCCGCUUCUUGCGGCGCAUAAUGAACGGCGGCAGUGGUUGCGCACGCAGCGCCAGAUGGCCGAUAGGGCGGGACUCCAGGAAGAGCUGCUGACGGAUGAGGUUCAGCGGCUAGAUUUGGAGUUAGCCACUCUGAAGGAGAACACAUUGAGCAUAUGCAAAUCACCAGCUGCCCUGGGUGAAGCCUACGAGUACUCACGUCUGCAGCGCAGUCGUGAUUUGCGUGCCUGCGUCACUGCGCACUCCAUGUUUGCUGCGUGUGCCGUCUCUAUUCCUCAACUGCGACAGAGGCUUGAGGAACAUCUCCAGCGUCACUUGGAGAUGCAGCAGAGCCGCCAGAAGCUCACGGGUGAGGUGCGGGAGCGGUACGUGCAGGAGCGGCUCUCUCUACUGCAUCAAUGGUACGCCCUUGACGCAGCUGAGUCAGGGACAGGGAACGACAGCGCCACCACACAGCUGUGCCUUGUAGAGGAGCGCAUGGAGCAACUGGACUCGGCGAUUGAGCAGCUACAGACGUAUUCCACAGUCUGUGAACGAGGCACCAGUAACCACCGCGCAAAGCUGCAGCGCGCCCAUGACCUCUUAGAAAGGUCAUCAUCGUUGUGCGCGGUCGAGGGGUCCUCAAAGUUACACAACACUGUGGAGGCAUGCUGGCAACUUCUCUCUGAACGCCUGCGUCUUGUCAUGUCCGGCCUCAAGUCAAGUGUUGUUAUCGAUGAGGGAGCGGUGGAGGCGGCGGCGGACAGUGAAAGGAGUGCCAGUUAUACAGAGCACAUUGCGCUGCUCCAACAGGAUCUGUGGCGCUGCGCCGCGCAGAGCCUCCUGCGGCACUUCAGCCCGGCGGAGCUGCAGCGGGCUGUGCGCAGCCUAUCGUGCCAGCGCACCGCUGCGGUGAGCGGCAUGCACAUGGCAAGCGUGUGCUCGUCUAUUCCUAGCGGCAGCAAUGACGGGGAGCGCGGCAGUAACGUUCGAAACGAUGGUGACAGUGGCGGCAGCGGCGACGAGCCAACGGUGACCUGGGUGGAGGACCUGCUGUUAUCAGUGCUGGCGCCUGUAGUGAAACCUCGCGGGCUCAGCGAUCGAGCGGCGUUGGUGGAGGCAGCCGAGCGUGCAACGGCACGGAGAAGCGCAUCUGUCGACGUGCUGCGGAAGCGAAUGCGGCAGGUGUACACGUGA